GCUGAUUACGAGCCUGUUGAUCCAAAGGCAGAACUUGAAGACCGUUGCAAGGCACCAUGUACACGGCCACUGAAAGAAUAUCAGUAUUUGUGGUCUUAUCCUGGUGAUAGGCAUGCUAUAAAAGAAUUGAAGGUGAUGAAUCUGGGCACAAGCACUGUACCGGUCAAUACUUUGACUACUGGCGUUGUGUGGACAAAUGCGUCGCUACUAAGCUAUUUUCGCAGCUUAAGUGACUGGAUCAUCUACGUCACUGCUGUUUUUGGAGCCAAUGAGCCCUCUUUAGUGUUGAAAAAAGCAUAG